GGGCUGCAGGUGACUGUGGGGCAGCGGGGACGCGCUCUGCUCCGACCCACAGAAAACACAACCCACAGGGUUUCCUCAUCGCACUGUAUUUCAGUCACGCUCAAUGCUGAGGGCAGGAGUUUCCUACCCGACGAACUUCCCAGAGAAAACCCCGAGAAUCCGUCCAGUUUGUCUCCACGCCGCCCACUCCACUUCCUAUCUUGUCACGUUCUGGUUGAACGCGGGGAGCUGUUCGGAGCAGAAUGACAGGAGAGCUGAAGGACGGCGACACGGAGGAGGAGUUUCUGCAUUCGUUCAUUCGGAAACAAGGGAACAUUUACAAACCAAACAACAAAGACAUGGAAAACGAGAGUCUCAACGAGAAAGCGAUGGAGGACGUCCACACCAAAGAGAUCGACUUGGUCAACCGUGAUCCAAAGCACAUCAAUGACGACGUUGUAAAGGUGGACUUUGAAGACAUCAUCGCAGAGCCUGCAGGAACCUACAGCUUCGAUGGCGUGUGGAAAGCUAGCUUCACCACCUUUACAGUCACCAAGUACUGGUGCUACCGGUUGCUGACGGCCCUGGUCGGCAUCCCCCUGGCGUUGAUCUGGGGAAUCUUCUUUGCCAUCCUUUCCUUUGUGCAUAUCUGGGCUGUGGUGCCUUGCGUGAAGAGCUACCUUAUCGAGACCCACUGUAUCAGCCGUGUUUACUCCAUCUUUGUGCACACCUUCUGCGACCCGUUGUUUGAGGCUAUGGGCAAGUGCUUGAGCAACAUCCGGGUGCGCGCGACAAAGGAGGUGUAGCAUCCAGAAAUGUGAGGAAAUGUGAGGAUUAUUGGAAAUUAAAGGAGGGAGGAAAGGUGAUAUGAAAAGAAAAAUUAAGAAACGGAAAAAUAUAGCCCUCUGGAAAAUAAGGGGUUGAGGGAGGUUUGGAGGGCAAGAGGCAAGGUCACAUGGCACCUGAUCCUACCCUUCUGUCAUCUGAUUUUUCUUGAUGGCAACCAGUUGGGCACAGAAAAUUCAAAGGGUAAUUCUUCUGGGUUUUUUGACUAUAUGUUUAUAGUUUUUUUUUUAUCCCUCAUUGUUACUUUUGUCAAGCAAGCAGUCAACCAAACUUCACAUCUUCUCAGUAGUUCUGUAGAGUCCUUCCAUGUAAUCUGUCAGGAGGAGGUCAGGCUCUACUGUUGACAUUUCUCCACUUUGUUCAUGUUUGCUGUUUUGGAGCCGUGGGCUAGGGCACCGUGGUCAGAUGCCGGGGGGUGGGGGUGACGGGUGGGGGGUGGGGGGAUCGUCUAACCAGAGAUAAAAGAGCCAGCGCUGCCGGAUUCUGUCUGACUCAGCAAACAUGUAACAAGCGCUCACUCCGAGCAGCAGAACAACGUCCUGCUACUUUUCUAUAACACCCCCAGCCCCGGCAGAAAAAAAAGAAAGCAAAAGAAAAAUCCCAAUUCACCAGCCUUCACUCUCUAGCCCUCCUCCUUCUCCCCAGCAGUCUGACACACUGAACCAGUCCGUCUUGCUUGUGCACACCUGUGUUACCUUGCCGUCCGCCACGCCCACCACGCUGCCCCAAAGGGUAGAAAAACAUCUCUUGUAGGCAUUCCUUCUCUCCACCACCUUGUUCCUGCACCAAAUCCUACAACUCCUUUUGAGCACCACAGAUUUCAUCACCAUUGCCUUCAAAGCCACACGUGUUUGUGUGUGAGACGGGAUAUUUUGAAUUGUGCCUGCCUUUUUCACAUAUUUUUGACAAACUUCCACCUUUUAUUGUGCAGAUUAUCAUAAUUCCCGAGUGUUUUUUGAAUAUGAAGAGCUUUGAGGUUUUUUUUUUAUUUUGUUUUAUUUCAAAUGCCAUUGUUUUAUAUGCUACAUGUGCUGGAUGUGUAGUUGUGUCACAAACGAUGGCCUUAUAUUCCAGUGCACUAAACUCUGGGAAAGUAUUAACAUGUCCUUUCUGUCUUUCUUUCUUUAGCACUGCAAUUUGAACUUAGACUGUGCUGUAUUGAGCUUGUGUGAAACCCUGUGUGCUACUUCCAUAGGUUAAUGCAUUGGAAUUGAGACAAUGUGAGGCAGAAUAUAUGCUUUUUUAUGAUGCAUUUUUAUCUGUUACAUGGACUCCAUGGUGCACCCUGUUUUUGUCCUCUGCUCUGCAUCUUGUCUGUGGAUGUGAUGCGAAGAAGCAUGCCCCACCCCGGAGGAGGGUGGCUCCAUGGACCCGAUGGGGUAACUGGACUGAUGCUGGGUUGGAGUUCUGUUUUAUUGAGACACUAAGCUUGCUUUCAACAUCUGCCACCUUCAGUUUACCUGCUGUCUUUUCACAGGAUUUGAUAUAGUAUCCCAGCACCUGUUUCUUGAAAAUGAGCUUUUAAGUUCUGAAGGGGAUAUUUUUUUUUUUUUGUAAAAAAAAAAUUGUUUUCCUUUCUUGCUUCUUUUUAUGUACAUUAUCCCGCUGUGCACAAAUAAAACUUAAUAUAAUCCAU